AUGAUCAUGUGCUUGCGACCCGCUAUGGCUCUGCCAUACAGUGACCAAGCCAUCCCGGAUGCCAAAGAAGCACGGACGCAUGAGGUACCGGCUGUUCUCAAGGCCGAUGUGUCUUGGCUAGUGGAGGUGUUGUCGGACGGGCUGGACCUCCAUGAGCUGGGACGCGUGGGAAUGACAUGCAGGGCAAUGAAUCGCGAGACUCAGAGCCCUAGCUUCCUUGGGCGCCUUACCCAGAGCUGGGCUUUGAAAUGCACCUGGGUGUCCUUUGCAGUCAAGUUCAUGGCGAUGCCUAGCAACCUGCGCGAGCUCAAUGAGUGGCUGGUGAUACAAGAGCAGUUCGCCGCCGAUGAUGAUGGCCAGGAGGAAGAAAACAUGGAGAUCAACGACAAGGAGACCCUUCAUGUCAAGAUUGAGUCCGAGCCUACUCCCUGGACAGGUGCUGUGACAGCAAUUCAAUCUUGCAUUAGCACGGUUUUCCGGCGACGGUUUCAAUAA